AACUGUUCUUGUGUCUAGUUGUUCUGGUGUGCAGUGCUCUAUAGCGUCGUUUUGAGGGUAGGAGUUGAAACAGUUUAUGUCCAGGAUGCGAGGGAUCUGCAAAUAUUUUCACGGCCCUCUUCUUGAUUCGUGCAGUAUACAGGUCCUCAAUGGAAGGCAAGUUGGUAGCAAUUAUUUUUUCUCCAGUUCUAAUUAUCCUCUGAAGUCUGUGUUUUUCUUGUUGGGUUGCAGAACCGAACCAGACAGUUAUAGAGGUGCAAAUGACAGACUCAAUAAUUCCUCUGUAGAAUUGGAUCAGCAGCUCCUUGGGCAGUUUGAGCUUACUGAGUUGGCGCAGAAAGAACAUUCUUUGUUGUCCUUUUUUAAUGAUGUUUUUGAUGUUAGCUGUCCAUUUGAGAUCUUGCGAUAUGAUAGAACCCAGAAAUUUGAAGGUUUCUACUGUUGAUACUGUGUUGUCAAGUAUUGUGAGAGGUGGAAGUAUGGAAGGGUGGUACUCAUAUAAGUACUCAUAUAAUCCUUGAAUCAUUUUGCAAAAUCCACCUGCAAUUCAAACAGCAAAAAUGAAAAUUAAAUGGCCUCGUCCAGUCCCAGUGAUGGUAUCAGGAUGGCGUUCCAAGAAGUUAGGCAAUUUGGUUUUGACUUUGUAUUUUGGAGGCACUCCACACAAAAUAUGCCAGGUAGGAAAACGGUCAUUAACCUUCAGGACGAUUUUCUGAUAAUACAUUUCAUAGAGAUUGAUUUAAGUCAUCAUGCUCUCUACUAAGGAAGGAGAUAGCUAUGUCGUUACAAAGUAAGAGGUGGGCGGGGCCCGGGGCAACCAAUGAGAACUAGAGUGGCCAUCGCUGCCCGAGUCUAAAGGAGGCGCGAGGCACUUUGCACCGGCAAAGAGCGCGGCUGCAGAAGCGGAGGUGAUUCUGCCCCUUCGAAGCAUCAUGGAUCGCAGGGACCAGGACGUCGUUUUCGUUGCUGCUGCAAGGACCCCGGUCGGAUCCUUCAAUGGUGCCUUGUCAACCCUGCAUGCUCAUGAAUUGGCUUCAGUAGUCAUUAAAGAAUUGUUGGAGAGGACAAAAAUUGAUCCUAAAGAAGUAUCUGAAGUUAUACUUGGACAAGUAUUGGCUGCAGGUGCUGGCCAGAAUCCUGCUCGACAAGCGAGUGUCGGGGCAGGGAUUCCAUACAUGAUACCAGCUUGGAGUUGUCAAAUGAUAUGUGGAUCAGGCCUGAAAGCCGUAUGUCUCGGGGCUCAGUCUAUUAUGACAGGAGAUUCCAGUAUUGUGGUGGCUGGUGGUAUGGAAAACAUGAGCAAGGCUCCUCAUUUCAUUCAUUUGCGUAAUGGGGUGAAGAUGGGAGAAACCUCUUUGCAAGACAGUAUUAUCAUAGAUGGCUUGACAGAUGCCUUCUACUGUUAUCACAUGGGUGUUACAGCUGAAAAUGUGGCCAAACAAUGGAAGGUUACUCGAAAGGAACAAGAUCAACAGGCUGUAAUGUCACAGAACAAGGCAGAAAAUGCCCAGAAGUGUGGAUAUUUUGAUAAAGAGAUUGUACCUGUUGUUGUACCUUCUAGAAGAGGCCCCACAGAAGUUAAAGCUGAUGAACAUCCUCGCCAUGGGUGCAACCUAGAAACAGUGUCAAAGUUGAAACCGUGCUUCAUAACCGAUGGGACAGGCACCGUGACUGCAGCAAAUGCCUCAGGUAUAAACGAUGGUGCCGCUGCUGUCAUUCUCAUGAAAAGAUCAGAAGCAGUUAAACGAAAUCUCAUUCCUUUGGCACGGAUUGUGUCUUCGGCUCAAGUUGGCACUGAUCCUGCAGUUAUGGCAAUGGCACCCAUCACGGCAGUAAGAAAAGCUAUAGAAAAAGCUGGUUGGACAUUAGAUCAAGUGGAUCUGUAUGAAGUUAAUGAAGCUUUUGCUAUCGUAGGUGCCGUAAUAAUAAAAGAACUAAAAUUGAAGCCAGAAAAGGUUAACAUUGAAGGUGGGGCUGUUGCUCUUGGCCACCCUCUUGGAGCAUCUGGUUGUCGAAUCCUAGUUACACUUCUGCACUCACUAGAACGAACAGGUGGAAAACGAGGAGUUGCAGCUUUAUGUAUAGGAGGAGGAAUGGGCAUAGCUAUGUGUGUAGAAAGAUAAAAGGAAAGUUUUCUUUGAUUUUAUAUCGAUUUGUAACAUGACUCAUCUUUAUUAAUAAGUAAUAAAGAAAUAUUAACCAAUA